GGCGGGGCCUGCGCCCCGCUCCUCCCCGCGUUCCUCCGGGACAUGGCGGGCGUCUUCGACAUCGACCUGGACCAGCCUGACGAGGUGGCCUCGGAUGAGGAGCUGGAGGAGGGGGGUCACUUAAGUGAAAGCAUGGACCAUGGAGGAGUUGGCCCAUAUGACCUUGGCAUGGAGCAUUGCGAAAAAUUUGAGAUUUCAGAAACUAGUGUGAAUAGAGGCCCAGAAAAGAUACGGCCGGAGUGUUUUGAGCUGCUGCGUGUUCUUGGCAAAGGUGGCUAUGGGAAGGUUUUUCAAGUUCGAAAAGUAUCAGGAGCAACUACUGGUAAGAUAUUUGCCAUGAAGGUGCUUAAAAAGGCAAUGAUUGUAAGGAAUGCGAAAGACACAGCUCACACGAAAGCAGAGCGGAACAUCUUGGAGGAAGUCAAGCAUCCGUUCAUUGUUGAUUUGAUCUAUGCCUUUCAGACUGGUGGAAAACUCUACCUCAUCCUUGAGUAUCUCAGUGGAGGAGAGCUGUUCAUGCAGCUAGAGAGAGAGGGGAUAUUCAUGGAAGACACAGCUUGCUUUUACUUGGCUGAAAUCUCAAUGGCUUUGGGGCACUUGCAUCAGAAGGGGAUCAUCUAUCGAGAUUUAAAGCCAGAAAACAUCAUGCUCAAUCAUCAAGGUCACGUUAAGCUCACUGAUUUUGGACUGUGUAAAGAGUCCAUUCAUGAUGGAACCGUCACGCAUACAUUCUGUGGAACAAUAGAAUACAUGGCCCCUGAAAUUCUGAUGAGGAGCGGGCACAAUCGUGCUGUGGACUGGUGGAGUUUGGGGGCGUUAAUGUAUGACAUGCUGACUGGAGCACCCCCAUUCACUGGGGAGAACCGAAAGAAAACAAUUGACAAAAUUCUCAAGUGUAAACUCAACUUGCCUCCCUACCUCACGCAAGAAGCCAGAGAUCUGCUUAAAAAGCUGCUAAAGAGAAACGCUGCCUCACGCCUAGGAGCUGGUCCCGGAGAUGCUGGAGAAGUUCAGGCUCAUCCUUUCUUCAGACACAUCAGCUGGGAAGAGCUGCUGGCUCGGAAGGUGGAGCCCCCUUUUAAACCAUUACUGCAAUCCGAAGAGGACGUGAGCCAGUUUGACGCCAAGUUCACCCGCCAGACUCCCGUCGAUAGCCCUGACGACUCAACUCUCAGCGAAAGUGCCAACCAGGUCUUCCUGGGCUUUACAUACGUGGCUCCAUCCGUACUUGAAAGCGUAAAAGAAAAGUUUUCCUUUGAACCAAAAAUCCGAUCACCUCGCAGAUUCAUUGGCAGCCCACGGACACCAGUCAGCCCUGUAAAAUUCUCUCCUGGGGACUUCUGGGGACGAGGUCCUUCUGCCAGCGUGACAAACCCUCAGGCACCUGUGGAAUAUCCAAUGGAGACAGGUGGGAUUGAACAAAUGGACGUUACAGUAUGCGGGGAGGCCUCGGCUCCGCUUCCAAUCCGGCAACCCAACACUGGGCCGUACAAGAAACAAGCCUUCCCCAUGAUUUCCAAACGACCAGAGCACUUGCGCAUGAAUCUAUGACACAACCGACGGCGAAUCAUUUCCAAACCUGCUUGGGCGGUGGAAGACA